AUGUGGCCUUGGCCAUCCCAAUAUGUCUCCCUUACUGUCCUUAAUUUUAACUCUUUGUUCACAUUUGUUCUGAUUUUGUCUUCAUCUUUUUUUUUUGCAUUUUCUCCUUUACAAUUUUUUCCUUUUUAUUUUUUCCUCCUUCUCCCCAACAUUCUUUGCUUUUCUUCCUUAUAUUUCUUUGCUUUGACUCCUUCACUUUCUUAUUAUUCUUUGCUUUUCCUUCUCCCCUCAUCUAUUUCUUUUCUUCUUCCUCAUCUUUCAUUCCAUUUUUUUCCUUCAGUUCAGUCAUAUCUAACUUCCAUGAUAUCUCUCUUUCUAUUGUCCAUAACUUUGUUUUUACAUCACCUUAACUCUAUUUUCUUCCUUGAUAUUUCUUCUGUUCUUAUAUUUCCUCUCCCUCAUCCCCAAUUUUUUUUCUUUUAUUUCUUUCCUUUUUUUUUUCUUGAUUUCAUUCACUCUUUCCUUUUCUGUAUUCUCCCAAUCAACCUUUUAUUCUUUUUCAAUUUCUCACUUGUCUUUAUUUUUCUCUUUCUCUUCCAAACCCUUUCUCUAAUUAUUUGUAUUGCUUUCUCUUUAUUAUCAAUUUUCUUCCCAGUUUCUCUUUCUCAGAUUCAUACAAUGUUUUCAUUCUCUGCUGUUUGUGCCUAA